CUAUACUUAUCGGUUUCAUUUUCGAUACGAUUCUCAUCGAAAGUUUUAAGAGUGAGUUUGUGUUAGUGAACGAAUCUCGGUAGUUAUUAUUAUCUAUGCUGUUAUGCAACAAAAAAGUGACGUAAGUUGAUAUACUCAUGUCUACUUUAAUCUUUUGUUUUAUUAUUUAUUAAUAAUGAUAUAAGACGAAUUUCAAGCUAUAUUUUUUAUUGAAUAUUUAUUUAGAAAUUGAAUUGUCGUAGGAAAAUUAGAAGAAAAACAGCUGGUUUAAUCUAAAUACUGACAUGUGUUCGACUAAAUCUACAGAUUCAAAAAAUAAACUUUCGGUCUUCAGCCAUCUAAAGUACGAAUAUCUUGCAGCUGGAGUGGCUGGCGGGACAAUUUCCACUUUAGUGCUGCAUCCAUUAGAUCUUAUAAAAGUGCGUUUUGCUGUCAAUGAUGGCCGUGUGAAAUCAGCUCCACAAUAUAGCGGGCCAAUAAAUGCAUUUGGAAAAAUAGUUAAAAAUGAAGGUUUCGUCGGUUUAUAUCGAGGAAUUGUGCCCAAUAUAAUAGGAGCAGGAGCUGCGUGGGGAUCGUACUUUUUUCUUUAUAAUUGUAUAAAAACUUGGAUUCAAGAUGGAAAUACGACUAAGCCUCUCGGACCUUGGAUGCAUAUAGUUGCUGCUACAGAUGCUGGGGUUCUUACACUUUUACUAACAAAUCCAAUCUGGGUGGUAAAAACUAGAUUAUGUUUGCAAUAUGCCGAAGACGUGAAUCUUUCUGAAACAAAAAGAUAUUCUGGAACGAUAGAUGCUUUGAAAAAAAUUACUACGACUGAGGGGAUCACUGGGCUAUAUAAGGGUUUAGUACCAGGUUUGUUUGGUGUUUCUCACGGAGCCAUUCAAUUUAUGUUAUACGAAGAAAUGAAAGUCAAGUAUAAUUUAUACAGAAAUAAGCCCAUAGAUACCAAGCUUGAAACAACAAACUACAUCAUUUGCGCAGCCGUUUCUAAAUUGAUUGCAGCAGCUAUCACAUAUCCAUAUCAAGUUGUAAGAUCUCGAUUGCAAGAUCAUCAUCAUAAUUACCAAGGAACACUUCAUUGCAUUAGUAGUAUAUGGAAGUAUGAAGGAUGGAGAGGUUAUUAUAAAGGACUUAGUGCAAACCUUUUAAGAGUAACUCCAGCAACAGUUAUAACGUUUGUAGUUUAUGAACACGUUUCGAGCUAUCUUUUAAGUCACAAAUAAAAUUUAUGCUUUUGGAACUUCGAUAGCCACAUAUGUUUUUACCAGUUUGAUAUCUAAUUUGCUCCUUAUUGAGGAGUCAGUAUAUCGAACUGAUUUUUGGAAAAUGGUGAAGUGUCUGGGGCUUGCUCCGACUUCACCGCGGGUCACCUUGCAUUGCAGUAUCGCAAGGACCGACCCGCAUAAUUAAUUCAAACAUAAUUUUUUCUUAUUACCAAAAUAGGUGCAGUGAUGUGCGUUAUUAAGUAACUUAUUUCAUGAUUAUUUUAUAAGGUUAUACAAAUACAUGUAUUAAAAUAAUUUUGGGGAUUAUAUGCGCCUGCAGCCCUUUUUUAACCCAAAAAAUGGCCACUAAUGCCUUUUUUAUAAAAGACAUGCGAUAAUUGCGUUUUUUUCCUUCAAGUGAGCUAGCAAGUACUGUGUUCAAGUGGCAAAAAAAUUAACAGCAAAUAGAAAAUAGGGAUAAACGAUUUGUUUUACCCUCUGAUAAAGAAAUGUUCAAUUACAAAUUUUCGUUUUUUGAGAAUUUUUUCUGAUUUAAAUAACGCUAAAUUCUAUAUAUUCGAUACAAAAUGUACGUUGUGUAAUAAGAGUUAAAUGGUCUUCUUAACCUCAUCAAAAAAACCUACUAAGUGUGUUAAGUAUGAAAUAUACUAUUUUUUCUUAACCCUGUCACAUUCGAUAGUGUUUGCUUAUUUCGAGAUAUUUAAGCUCAACACUUCACCUCCCUUGCAGAAAAAAAGGCCAUAAAAGCCUCAAGCGGCUGAUCAAUACAAUGCAACAACACACUAAGCAUAUCAGGCGUGAACCUUUCGCCCGAGGUAGUCGUACUCUCUGUAUCGAAGAAAAGCUUACAUCGGAAACGCGUAUGAAAUGUGGUCAGAGUUUAUCGAGUAAUAAAAGUCCUGAAUUAGCGAUUGGAUUUUUGUGCGUGAAAACCGCGUCGCUAGAGCGGAACUCACAGAAUGCAUCUUCGCAACUAUACAAUACAUGGUCAAUGGCCUCCCAAUAAGCUGGGCUCAAUAAAAGAAGCAAUUUUCAAGAUUUUUCUCUCAAGAUCAGUAAUACUAUUUUUAUGGGAAUGUGGGAGCUGAAAACACUGUUUUUCUGUUCCAUAUAACUUUUUGAAUAAAGCUUGCAAUGAAAAACCAAGACCAGAGCGCCAUAGUGUUGAGUUUAGUGAAUCAUUCUACCGAAAAAAAAAAUACCAAUCGGACUUUUGGUUUUUGUAAAAGUUGUGAAAUACGAGCGGGUGUUUACGCGUAUUAAUGCGAUUACAGCGCCAACCUCAAACGCCAAUUUUACUUAUUACCUUUUUUUAAUUUGAAAUUUCAUCAAUACAAUGAGCAGAGCGCCAUAGGUUUGAGAUCAGUGAAUCAUUCUAUCGAAAGAAAAUGUCAAUACGGUUUUUAGUUUUUUUUUUUUUUUGGCAUUUGAAAUACUAAAUACCGUGUGGCGGAUUUGCGAAGCUAUAGCUCCACCUCCCCUUAAGCGUGCUCGAAAGAUCACUACAGGUCGUUGGCGAACAUUAGAAAUUUCUGAAGAACGUAGUUUCUACAUUUUUCAUUGAACUAGGCAUACCGUAUGAGCAGUGCCGUUUAGAAUUGACACUUCAGGAGAAGAUCGUAGAGCGUGUCGGUCUCGGUAAACCCCGCAAAUCUCAUGUUUUUUUUUACGCUCCUUGGCGACUCUCUCGUCCUGCGAUCCCAGCGCCAGCGUCUUGAGCAACAGUCCUCGCCCCAGCCUGAUGAUGCUCGAAUGAAAUUUUGGAUGAGGGACUGUCACACUCUGAACAACAUCGGAAGGUGUCUCGAUGCGACAAUCUCCCACGAGCAUGUUUGCGUAGAGCAUUUUUAAAUCGACGUUCGCGUCACCUGUGAUCUAAAUUGUCAGCAUCAAGUUUACAUGCGUAUGUUUUUUGGGAUCUACAUGUCUCUUUACGAAUGAUCCAAAUUCACAUCCCCUUAGAUUUUAUAAAGAUAUACAUUUUUGCUGUGAUUUUUUCCUUUAUUUUUCUCGUAUAUUUACUCUUGCCCCUUUUUAUUUUUCAUCUUUUUUUGGUGUCAGAGCCGGAGUUUACGCUAUUUUGUUUUUGCCAAACGCUGAAUCUGGGCAAUGACAGCUUCAGUUACUUCAACCUUGGAAUUUGAGCCGCCAUCUUGUCUGAAUUCAUCGGAGGGUUCGGGUCGAUCUUUUGCUCUCGUUUACGGCGACCAAAUGAUUCUCCCCUCUUGCUGAACUCGUGCCCUGCUCAAUAGGGAGCUGAGAGUCGUUAUUUUUUACUCUUAUGUCUUCGCAACAUUGAGGCGCCUUUCUGUAUUAUGUUGCAGGGGGAGCGACAUAAUUAUGAGCUGUUCUUUUCCGGAUCUGAUAGAUGCAUUUUUAUGCAAGCUCAGCUUUUUGGGGGGCCGUGAUGAAGCAUGAGUGAGGAGGGUACUUAUAGGCUUUCUGUCGGUGACUGCCUCAUUUUUGAAUGCGGAACUAUGAUCCCAGCUAAAACUGGCCUCGUUAAUUGUGUGGUCCUUACCACGGGUCAAUCCCGACAUCGCUCGUCUAGGGGUCUACAAACCUGUCACAGCAGCAGGUAUAUCAUUAGGUUAAAGCUUCUUCUUUUCAGAUGAUGAUCAUUAGUUUUAAGAUAGAUGUGUGAUAAUCUAUAUAUUUAUUUUAUUUAACAAAAAAUUGUAAUUUUUAGGAACUAAUGUAAUACCUCGAUACAAAACUUUCUCUAGAAAAGGAAGCAAAACAAAAAAAAACUUUACCGAAUUUCGCCUGUACACACACCUUGCAAAGUACUGACAGGCUAUAUACGGACAAACCGAAUUACGCGUGCAUAUUGCGUCCAGGCGCGAAAAGCGAAUAAUAUGCCGUAUCGCUGUUUCUCGCUCAUAUGGUUUGUCAAUAGCGGUUAACCGAAUUAUUCAGCGUUGGCGUAAUUCCGCGCGCGAUGCCACGGGGGAACAACGCGGCAGAAUAUUCAUAAAUAUGUAUAAAAUCGAGCGUGGAAUCACGUCAUACGUAGUUUCGCGUGUAGCGAGGAAAGUUCGUUGAUAUACGCCUGUGAGGUCGUAUCGGCCCGGGAAAUUCCUUGCGUAGUUGACGACGGCCUGACGCAAAUGAGACACGGCGUGUAUGCGAUUUCCUUCUUUUUGCCAUGGCGUUGGAUAUAUUAAUCAAUGGCGGCGCUUGUGUUUUGCUCUACUUCAUUUUCUCUUCGAUUUAUUGCGCGUACUAUAAUGGAAAAGUAAUUACCAAGCUUGUUUGUGAUAAUUAGUUUGUUUCACGCUUCAUCGACAAGAUUCGGAUGGAAAAAUCAAUGACAGGCUGAAAUAAUGAAUGGCUUGGCGCUACGAGAACAGGUAUUAAUUUUCGAGCUGCCACUUUACAAUUACUUUUCACUAUUAUUCGUCGAAAACUUCGUUAGGCCGGUCGAAACUAUACUUCGAUAAUAACUCUCUUCGCUUUCGGGUUUGAUUUUUCGAUUAUAUCAUCGGACUUCUAGCAUCUGAAUCUUUUAAUAACGAGCGAGAGUUAUUAAGCCGAAACGGAUAUAUCAUUUUAUCCAAAUAAUUCUGUAUACUUAUCACGUAUAUAUACGCGUUAUAUCCAACGCACUGAGCUCUUAUACGUAAUGCACCCUCACGGGCGAUCUAUUUACGGCCGUGCGUGGAUAUGAGUGACUCGGUGAAAUUUGCGCUGUCGCUGCAGACCAGGGUUGCGGAGGAUGCCGAAAAUCGUCGCCGGAGUUAACGCAUUAGAUUAAAAUUCGGAGGAGAACAUCAUAAAAUUAUUCAGAUAAAUGUUUUAAAUUACGUUUAUCUUUCAUUGCGCUUAAUUUUAGUUUGCACUUCGUAACGUGACCCUAUAACCUAUCCUUUUCUGAAUCGUUGUUGCUAUCUUUUCCUACUCCUAGAUUAACCGGUUUUCUUCAAAUAAAUUUGCAAUUACGACAAGAUACUUUGUGGAUUUUCAUUUUUUUAGUUUCAGAUAGCUGCGUACGAUACGAAAACCGACGUCAGCCUGACAAGAGAGUUAUCGCAUCCAAAGCAAAGGAUAACCAUACUUCGCUCGUCUUUCUGGUGCUAAUCCUAUCCUAGAAUCAGAGGGUAGUCUGCGCCGUGGAUUUUCAUCGAAAUCAAGGUGCAACGAAUUUCGAGCUGUGUCUCCGAUGCGAGAUUGGUCCGAGAAUCAGUGCCGCAGAAAGACUGCAGUAAAUUUUAAAGAGCAACAGACGAUUUUUUUAACGUGCUUCUUUUAUUAACGUGCAAAAAAGAAAAAAAAAUAGUAUGGCGAUUAAUCUGGCUCAAUAAUCAACACUAAAAAAAUAGUAUGGCAUUUAGUAUGGCGAUUGAUUUGGCUCUAUAA